UGUUUUCACAGUUUCAAAUUGCAUCUAAACAAACACACGCGUUUCAUCAACAAAACCAAUUUCAUCACUCUAUUCAAUUUCUCUAUCCACCGAGAGCUCCAACACACUCUCUCUCACAUCUCAUUUCUCUAAUCGAAGCUUCACGAAGAUUAUAUCAGGUUUUCUUAUCAAGUGAUCAAUUAUCAACUGCGCUUCUGUUAAUUUUGUUUUCAGUUUCCGUGUUCAUAAUGUCAGUUAAUUGUGCUCUUGCUUAGCUGAUAUUGCCAGUUUGCAACUAACAAUGCAUACUGCAGCGAGGAAAAUUCUGCAUGAUGAUCAUGCGAAUGAUUGUCGGAGUAUGGGAAGCAAUAUUCUUCAGUCUAGCCAAUCAAGGAAAAUUUCCAUAGGAGUUAUGGCAGAUUCAAAAGCUAGGUUAAGAUCUGUAGCUGUGAAAAUGGACGGAGCUGUCACGCCAAAUACUGAUAGGGUAAUCUCUAAGGUGGGAAAUAUCACUGGAGGAGAAAGCAAGGCUGAAGGAGUGACAACUUCCUCUAAACUAAAGAAAAUUGGAGGUCCAAAAGCAGUGGAGGGUUCUUGGAUGUCCAAAUCCCCUUACCAAAAAUCACCUACUUCUGAGGCAAAUCUUCAAGCCAACAUAACCUCUAGUUUACUGGUCUCUCCUGCGGCGCAGAAUGAGCCUGAUGGUGUAGGGUGUGAAGCUAGGGUUCAGUUCUUUUCAGUUCAAACUCCACAUUUACCUUCUAAUAAUUACAAGAAGUUUGAUGGAGAUACUAACAGAAGCCCUAGAAGGAAGGGAAGGAAGGAUGGGAGUGGUGAAGAAAGAGCGGAAGAAUUUACAUUUACUACUACGCCAAAAGUCUUUGAGUCUGAUAAAACUAAUGCAGAUGACAAGAUAAGUAGAACAGAAAACAACACUGAAAAUUUGAGAAUGAAGCUUUGCCAAAUAUUGGGAACCAUUUCUUCCCCUAAGACUCAGGAUUCAGGCUCUCACAUUUAUAAUAAGGACAAGGAAAGUUCAUCACUCAAGCCACGUUUGAACCAAAAAGAAAAUGAAUUUGUUAAGAGCAAACAAAAUUCAGAUACUAUAGAAACUGAUUCAGAAAAUCCUGACCAUACUUGUAAAAGGCCAGUCACUCGUUCGAGGACCAGAAAGAAAGCGUCUUCCCAGAAGCAACAGGGAAAGGGUAAAAGUGGCCUAGUUUUCAGAGAUGAAGAGAAGCAUCAAGAAAAAAGUAUAUUGUCUUUUGAAGAAAAAGGGAUUGGUGGCCGACAUGCUUUUCCAAAUGAUGGUUCCUCAGUGGCUUUAAAAAAAAAGAGUCAGGGAAAGAAUUCCAGAAUAGGGCGACAUAAGAUCUGUUUCACCGAAAAUCAUACCGCAGAUAAACUUCACCAAGACACUUCAAAGACUGAUCCACCACUGCAUCCAGAUGCUCCAUUUUCAUUUGGGAAUAAAAUAGGAGGAUUUAAGGGUUUCUCACCUGAUUAUCAUACAAGAAACCCUCAGACAAAGAAAAGAGACCAAGAAAAAGAUAUUUAUCAGCCACAAACAGUAAACAAAAAUGAUCAGCAUGUAGAACUUAAGGUAUCAGAAAAUAGAAACCAGCAGGAGUGUAGAAGUACUCCAGUUGCCCAAAGUGUUUCCAAGUCACAGGAUGAUUUUCAAAGUCCUACAUUUCAAUUUAAGACGCCUACUUUAAGCUCUCUUAGCCCAACACCAAAGAUGGACCAAGAGGCAAAUGAUGUUAAUAGUCCAGCAUCAACAGAAAGAACAAAGUUUUCUCUGAGGACCAUACCUAAUUUAAGGACUUUUCUGACUUCGGAGCCAGACUUCACAACAAGGGAACAGGACAAGUCUCAUCAAACGAAGGAUAGCAAGUAUUCUAUUCCUAGAAAAGAAGAAUCUUUUAAGAAAGAGACAAAAGAGCAGGAUGGAUCAUCAGAUUCAUCAUCUGAGGAGAAGAACAUCCAAGGACAUAAUCAAGGUUCAAGAGCAAGGCACACUGCUGAGAGGAAAAGUUUUAUGCUUCAUCCUAUCAAAAGGCUGUGUAAACAUAAAGGCAUAAAAUUUAAUGAUGCAAGCCCAGCUUUGGUGUCUUCAAAAGAUAUAGAAUUAAGUGAUUCGAUCGACGAGGCUUCUGAACAGACUCCAGAUGGAUUUAUAAGGGUUGUUGAACUGAUUGCCUUCGAACUGGCCAAACUUAAGAACAAACUGAAGUUGACUACUAGUCAGAAAUCCUCAGAAAUUUUGAAGUCAGUUGCUGAAGACAUACAUUUACAGCUGCAGGAUGUUCAUUCCCAGAUUCAAACAGACUUAGGAAAGCUGACAAAUCUCAAUAAAUCAAAGAGAAAACGGAUAGAAACAAAAUUUGAAGACCAGCAGAAACAGUUGAGAUUAAUCUACGAUAGAUUCAAGGAAGAGGUAAAUCUACACAUGCAGGGCUGCAGAAGCACUGUAGAAGAUCUUGAGGCAGAUCAGAUAGAGAUAAAAGGAGCCCUCGAAAAGCAAAGAGUAGCACAUAAGAAGCUCAUAUCGCAAGUUGAAGAAGCAGUGGAGGUCCAACUCAAUGAUGCUCAAAAGAAAAUCACAUUCACACAAGAGAUGGCAAGGAAAAAACUACUCCAACUGAAGCAAGUUAUAACAAUGUGCUUGAAAGAGGGUAUCUAAAUUAAUGUGAUUUCUGCUGAUUCCUUACAAGUUACAAACUUUGCUUAUAAGUGCCCCUUAAAUUCACUGGCACUGGCACUGGCACUGGCACUGGCACUGGCACAUUAGAGAUUUCUAGAAAGUACCUGUUUUAAAUGAUGCCUACUAAAAAGUACCUUUAUAUUCAUUUGUCUGAGUUCCAGUCAUAUGAUUGUUUUCAUUUUUAUCACUCCAGUCCUGGAUUUAUUUGUUAAUUACCGGGGAAAGAUAGGAAACAUCUCAUUUGCUAGAGUGGAAUGUUGCUAAAUUUUUUACGACUGACAUUUCAUAUUAAGAACAUACAAUUACAAUGGUACUGUAUUGUUUACUGUAA